GACAGAAUUUUAAUUUUUAAACGAUAGGUUAUGUUCUGUGAAUUUAUUGAUAUUGACAUAAACAUAGUAUAUCAGUUGAAAACAAGCAAUAAUUGCAGGUUUUGUAGCUUUUAUUAUUUUAAAUGUUAGUGAUUGAAUAUUAUUCCAACUUUUUGAAGUUUAGUAGUGUUUUUAUAGAUGUCAAGAAAAAAUAAAGAUGAAAACCAUGCACAGAUGCUUUGAAACUUCGUAGGUGUUUGAUCUACUUUGUUGAGAAAUUGACUUUAUUUGUUUUUUAAUCUUGUAUAGGCUAUAUGUAUUGGUAUCUCACAAGUUCUUGCUAUAAAUUUGGAGCUUUGGAACUGAUAGAACUUAAGCAAACCUUUUAUUCAGUUGUACCAUAUUAGUUACGGUACCUACUUCUAUCAUGGAAGAAAGAAAUUCUUCUGAUGAAACUGCAGUUGUAAACAACAAGAUGGGAACACUUGAGGUUGCGGUUGACAAACUGUAUUCCUACAACGAUAACUAUUUCGAGCAUCAUGCCCUUAGUGAAGCCAAUUUGAAGAAUAAGAGGAUACAAGAUCGUUUAGAUGAUGUAUUGAAAACAUUUGAUGAUUACAAAGCUGACGUAGUUGUUGUGGCCGAAAAUCGAGCGAAAUUCUGGUACCAGCUGGGUAGAGCUCACAAUGUGUUGCCUUCUUACUCUGUUAAUGCCGAAGAAGCACUUGCCAAGGCCGUCAAGCUCGACCCCAAACUCAUCCCAGCUUGGAACCAACUUGGAGAAUGCUAUUGGAAAAAAGACAAUUUCCAAGAAGCAAAAAAUUGCUUCCAGGGAGCUUUAUCUCAGAGUGAGAACAAAGUAUCUCUCCGAAAUCUGUCGAUCCUUGCAAGGCAAGAUUUGGCAGAAAGUUUCAAAGAAAAGGUGAAAAAGGUGGAAGAGGGCGUGGCUCUCGCUCGCCAAGCAGUGCAACUCGACACCAAUGAUGGUGUUUCCUGGUCAAUACUUGGCAAUGCAUAUUUGGUGCAGUUCUUCACAAUGCAGCAAAACGCGCAGUCUUUGAAGCUUGCUAAGUCUGCAUAUGCUCAAGCCGAAAAGGAUCCAGUUGCGAAGAAUAGUCCUGACUUACACUACAAUAAAGCCAUUGCUUACAAGUAUGAAGAAAAAUAUGAGGAGGCCCUUGUUGGUUUCACAAGAGCCAAGGACCUCGAUCCCACAUGGGAUGCUCCGCAUACAAAACAGCAACAGCUGCUCAGGUUUCUGGACAACAUACUGGAGAUGACUAGAACCAAGGGAAAACUGAAAGCCAAGAGAUUGAACUUCUUACUUCAGAGUAUUGACAAUAAACAUUUAGGACCAUUUGCUGACGGAUCUUUCAAAACCAACAAUGGAAAGACAUGUCGACUCGAGCAUGUAAACCUCAACGAUUUGAAUUCUGGUCUCAAUGCAGAGAAAGUUAUUCUUGGAAAAGUCAUAUGCAGUGUACAUGAUGAUGAUAGUGUACCUUUUACAUUCUGUAUAAUAGACAAACAGCAGACUGUGAUACCUGUCAUGUUAUACAUAUCAGAAGGCAAAGGAGUGAUAAUUGGUGAUUCUGUCGCAAUACCUGAACCAUUUCUUAAAUGUUUUGAAUUCAACUUCAAUAGCAAGGUGUACAAAUUCAAUAGCAUACGAGUGAACAGUCCUCUAGUUAUGGUGGUGAAUGGCAAAACGUUGAAUAAGGACUACAUGGCGUCUGUCCAGUUCUCGACAUUCACACUGCAUCAGUGACGCCGUCGCCGUCACACCGCAUCUAACAACUGCUUCACCUGCUAUGCGAUUAACUAUUUACUAAUUUAUUGCGUUCUAGCAAUGCUAAUCAGGUAAUCCAUCAAGACUGAAUUUGUAAGUUUUUAAAAAUCGAUAUUUUAUAUUUUGUAGAAAACGCCAGGUUGUCUUAAAACAUCUUUACUAGGGUCUGUGCCUAGUUUUUGGCAUUUUUAAAAUGAGGUAUUACUUUGGAAAGACAAGUUUACAUCACUCUCCACAUUUUUAGUAAAUGGAAAUAGAAAAUUGAAGGCGUUACUCAUAAAAUUCUUAGGUAGUGUUGACUUUCAAUGUAUCACUUGUGUUAUUAUCUACUUGAUGAUGAGUUUCCGUUGCAAAAUUUUUGAAACACUGGAUUUUGUACUUGAGUGCACAUGUUUUAAUUCCUUUUAUCAAAUUGAGCAAUAUCUUGAACAUUCUCUCGUGGAGAAUCGAAAGAAGAACAAAAUAGUUUCUUGAGGUAUUUUCAUCUUUCACCUGAAAAAUAACGGAUGUUUGUAGACGAAGCUUCAAUUAUUAAAAUUUAUGCUGAAAUACUCAUACUAGUAUUUUCAGUGCAUUCCGGGACUAUUUUAUUACAAUCUGUUGCUUAAAAAAUUGUUUGGUUCGGUGUAUGAUUAUUAUUGGAGUUUGAAAAUCUUUUAAACAUAAGAAUAAUACGUAUACAAGAAAUUAGAAGUAACUUAUUUCUAUUAACUCCCAAUGUAUGUAACUAACAUAACACGAAUGAUCAUUCCACUACAUCAAUUAGUACUUAAUGUUGAAUUAAAUCUUAGUUUCUGUCAUGAAAUAAUGUAGAAGUAGUGGCUCAGUUUAUUAAUCUAUCUGAGUCAUCUUCUACUCUUUAUUCGUUGUGAGUGGUACAUUUCCAAUUCCCCCAUUAACUUUCACCCAUUAUUUGGCUCGCCAUAUUACAUGUGUUGGUUUAUUCUAAUUUGAAAAAUGCAUUCCAUAAGAUUCACUCAUUUCAUCUAAUUCUACUUGACCUAUUUAACAAUAUCCAAUUCACUCCAAGAUAAAUAUGUAUUGAAGAUAAAUAGAUCAGGGAAUAAAUAUAAUCUUGUCCAUCAAAUCAACAUUUUUCAUCUAAAAAAUUAUUUGAAGAAAAAAUUAUAUCAACCUGUAUCCGAUAACUACGAUAUUACUAUCAAUCUUACCUACUAAUAUCUGAAAGUACUGUCAAUGUAUUCAAUUUAAAUCAAUGAAUUUACGUCUGAGUUACUCAACUAAAAUCAAAAUUAUAAACUUAAUCGUAAUUAAUUGUACGGUACUAUAAUAAUAAUUAUUGUGAUAUAAAUUAAUGAAUAUGCUUUAUAUUUUUCGAAUUAAAUAUGUUUAGAUGAA